AGAAUGAGACAAAAAGACAAAGGAUGUACAAUGGCCUGGGGAUCUGUAAGGAACAACAGCUGGACAUGCCUCUUAAUAGCAAUGGAGACCAGGAGCGAGGAAAGGAACCAGGUUACGGAUUCAGGAAAACUAGAACAUUUACAGUCGUCGCAGCAGUCACAGUCUUCCUCGUCCUCUCGGGUUUAAUCGCGACCACAGCUACCCUGGCAGUCAGAACCACUAGGCCGUGUUUGGAUUACGCGGACGUCCCAUCAUGUCCAGAUGGCUGGGUUGGCUACGAAAGACAGUGCUACUUCUUCUCCGAGGAUGAAAGGAAUUGGACCGCCAGCCAGAGCUACUGCUCUUCACAGGGCGCCUCCCUGGCGGGGCUUGACGGCGGCUUGGAGAUGACGUUCCUUCUGCGGUACAAAGGCAGCGUUUACCAUUGGAUAGGCCUCAGAAGGGAGCCCAGCCAGUCAUGGAAGUGGCCCAACGGCACCGAAUUUGACAACCGGUUCGAAGUAAGGGGAGGAGGAGCCUGUGCGUAUCUGAAUGAUGUAGGCGUCAGCUCGUCAAGCUGUGAGACGGAAAAGAACUGGAUCUGUGCCAAACCUGAUCGAUAUGGGAAACGAAAAGAGAAUAGUCUGGAAGGGACGAUAAACAGUGACACUCAAGGGAACAACCAGCUCCGUCUUCUUGUUGUGAGACCCCCACCCCAAUUGCUGUUGUCUAAUAAACCCUUCUAAAUUAAUAUGCAAA